AUGUCUCAGAGUCGCUCUCUGCCCAUCGAGCACUACUAUGUUGGAGUGGUAUGCGCACUACCGCGCGAGAUGACUGCGGUGAGGGCCAUGCUGGAUGAAAAGCAUGAGCCACUCAGAACCAAAGAUGCGCAUGACAACAACAACUACGUCCUCGGCCGAAUGGGUCAACAUAAUGUGGUGGUUGCAUGCUUGCCGGCGGGUGUGUACGGGACCAAUGCGGCGGCAACUGUGGCUAGAGAUAUGUUGAGAACCUUUACCGGUCUGCGGUUUGGUCUGCUGGUAGGGAUUGGAGGGGGAAUACCCAAUCUCCUGGCUGGUCGUGACAUCCGGCUGGGUGAUAUUGUGGUGAGCCAACCGGACAAUACCUUCGGCGGCGUGGUUCAGUAUGAUUUGGGCAAGAAUAUGGGAGAAGGCAGGUUCAAGGGCAAGGGGUCUCUCAACAGUCCUCCGACCCUCCUUUUAACAGCACUGUCGUCUCUCCAGUCAGCUUCUGGCAUUGAGGAGAGCCAGGUACCAAAGCACCUGAUGGAGAUGAACAAGAAGUAUCCCGAGCUAGAAGGCCAGGGCUAUGUCUCUCCUGGUGCCGGCAUCGAUCAUUUGCAUUGCUCCCAUUGCGAUUCGUCUCAAUGGUGGUGGCUUCUUUGGCUGUUGUUGGUGUGGCUAUGUCCUUUGCUACGUUGCGAGAUGUGUGAGAAUGGGAGAGUCCGGAGGCCACGUCGCAAUCAUGAAAACCCAUUGGUCCACUACGGGACUAUCGCGUCAGGAAACCAAGUGAUCAAAGAUGCCAAGGUGCGAGACCGACUGGGUCGGGAGUUGAAUGCGGCUUGUGUGGAAAUGGAAGCGGCGGGUUUGAUGAACAACUUCCCUUGCAUUGUCGUGCGAGGUAUCUGUGAUUACGCCGACUCGCACAAGAAUGAUGCGUGGCAGAACUAUGCGGCUGCGGCUGCCGCCGCGUAUGCCAAAUGGUUCCUAGGGCAGGUGACUCCCCAUCAGACCGCUAAUGAGAAGCGUAUUCAGGACGAUGUCGGCACUUUAGCCGACCAGCUAGAGGUAGAGAAGAAUAUAUUGAACGAAACAAAGAAGUGGGCUUUGCAAGAAGAGACUCGCUACCGAAGCAGUCAAGAUCGAGACUGCCAUCAAGCGUUCAAAACAAGCACAUACGAGCAAUUCAAGGAUGUCAAUCCUCCUCGAGUGGACGGCACUUGCAAAUGGGUGAUAUCCCAUCCCCAAUAUCUCCAAUGGUACGACAAACUACACGAUGAUCUGCUCUGGAUCUCGGCGGAUCCGGGCUGCGGCAAGUCGGUCCUCGCCAAAUCGCUUGUCGACAACGAGCUUCGAAAUACUGGUCAGCAUACGAUCUGCUACUUCUUCUUCAAAGAUAACGAGGAACAGGAUAAUGUGGCGACUGCUCUUUGCGCCCUCCUCCACCAAUUAUUCUCUUACCAGCCUCAACUGAUCCAACAUGCAUUUCCGGUAUGGGGGCAGACCGGCGAUAAACUGGUGAAGGAGGUGUCGGGGCUAUGGCGCAUAUUGCUCGCAGCGGCGAGGGAUGACCAGGCUCACAACGUGACGUGCGUUCUGGAUGCGCUGGACGAAUGUCGACUCUCCGAUCAACGGUGGCUGAUCGAGAUGCUAUCCCUAUUCCACGCUCAGACAUCGGCCUCUUCGUCUACGACGAGGCGAGGCCGACUGAAAUUUCUCGUGACCAGUCGGCCCUAUGAUAACAUCCAGGCGGAGUUCCAGAAGACACUACACGAUCUCCCUACGAUCCGCCUACGGGGUGAAGAGGAGAAUGACCGGAUCCACGAAGAAAUUGACUUAGUCAUCCAAAUGCGAGUGGAAAAACUCGCGACAGACGAACAAUUGGAUAAUGAUACAAAGGACCAAUUAAUGACUCGACUCCUAGGGAUGCAGCAUCGCACGUACUUAUGGCUUCAUCUCGCGAUUGACGAUAUAUGUCAGACUUUCCAUCGGUGUUUGCGACCCAAAGAAGCGUCAAUUAAGUCACUCCCGUCAACAGUGGAAGAGGCAUACGAGAAGAUUUUAGCCCGAGCUACUCAGGAGCAGGAAGACGUCAAAAAAAUCCUUCAGAUCGUGGUCGGGGCACGUCGUCCUCUAACUAUUCAAGAGAUGGCCAUCGCUCUUGGAAUAGCGACGUCAGCGCAGCCCAAGUCCCUUCGCCAGGUCAAACUCGACCCUUCAAGAUUGCAGAACAAUAUGCGUGAAUGGUGUGGUCUUUUUGUCUUCAUUAAUCAUGCCCGGAUAUUCCUCAUUCACCAGACGGCCAAGGAAUUUUUGAUCCGGGACAGUUGCUCUACGCCUCUGCCUGGGUGGAAGCAUUGUCUUGACCCGAGAGAUCUCGAAAAAGAGAUGACUCGAAUAUGCGUGGAAUUUCUAUGCCUAGAAGAAAUCAGGCAUGUGGGAGAGGACCUAGCUCGAACUGCUCGAAGACUUGAAACAUCCCGAGAAAUUCACGAAUCAUUGAAAAAAGAUAAUGCCGUCGAGAGCCUUCUGGUGUACUCAGCAGAGUACUGGUCCCAUCACCUACGAGAUGCAGAUACGGCAAUGGACGAAAAUAUAUCUCAACUUUAUGAUAGCGAUGGAAGUCCAUAUAAUUCAUGGUUUACAAUUUUUUGGAAGGCGAAUAAUCGGUACAAGGAGCAGCCGGAAGGGAUGAAUUCGAUCCGCCUAGCAGCACUUCUAGGACAUGGGAAGGUGCUGAGGUCAAUUCUACAGUCAAAUGUGCAAUACGAAAUCAACGAAUCCGACGACGCUGGUCGUACAGCUUUAAUGUGGGCAAGCCGAUUUGGUUAUGAAAAGGUAGUGCAGAUCCUCGUCGACGCAGGAGCGGACGUCAAUGCUCAAGGACGUUAUAGCAAUGCUCUAUACGCAGCGUCGGAGGGUGGCCAUGAGAAAAUCGUGCAAAUCCUCGUCGACGCAGGAGUGGACGUCAAUGCGCGGGUAGGACGCUAUGGCAAUACCCUAUGCACAGCAUCAUACCGUGGUAAUGAGAAGAUUGUGCAAAUUCUACUCAACGCAGGAGCGGACGUCAAUGCGCGGGGAGGAAUCUUUGGUAAGGCCAUAUGCGCAGCGUCGGUGGGUGGUCACGAGAAAAUCGUGCAGAUCCUCGUCGACGCAGGAGCGGAUGUCAAUGCUCAAGGAAAACUAUAUGGCACUGCGCUUCAAGAAGCAUCAGCGAAUGGUUACGAGAAGCUUGUGCAGAUCCUCGUCGAUAGAGGGGCAGACGUCAAUUGGCUCGGAAUAGAUGGCACUGCCCUAUACGCAGCGUCGUCGAAUGGUUACGAGAAGAUUGUACAAAUACUACUCAACGCAGGAGCGGACGUCGAUCCUGGAGGAGGACCAUAUGGCUAUGCCGUAUACGCAGCGUCGGUGCGUGACUAUGAGAAAAUCGUGCAGAUCCUCGUCGACGCAGCAGCGUACGUCAAUGCCCUAUACGCAGCGUCGGCGAAUGGUUACAAGAUUGUACAAAUUCUAGUCUACGCAGGAGCGGAUGUCAAUGCUCAAGGAGGACGAUAUGGCAAUGCGCUUCGAGCAGCAUCAGACCGUGCUCGUAAGAAGGUGGUGCAGCUACUCCUCAAACACGGAGCAACUUCGAGUAUUGGUCAGUGCUAA